UGUAUAUAACUUUAUCUCCAGCUCAUCCGGACUGCCGGGAGCCGGCCAGGGAGGUACUUAUGAUUUACUAAAACAAAAAUAGCCCGUUCAAACUUCAAACCAUGUCUGGGACUUUGGGAUGAAUAGUCAGUUAGUUUAGUUCUACAACCAGAGGCCCGGAGCUCCAAAACCACUUUCUUAUCUAACAGCAGACUCAUCUAUUUAUAUCCACAUACCGAGACCGACUGACUGACUUGCUCAAGCUGAUCACCGCCUCAACAAACAAAUAUCCUCAAUAUAUUCUCAAGCAAGCAGCAGUUAGUUCCUCGAUGGCCACAGGCGGGAGCGACGUCAAACUUUUGGGUGCAUGGCCGAGCCCGUUCGUGAUGCGGGCAAGGAUCGCCCUUAACAUAAAGUCCGUGGACUACGAGUUCCUCCAGGAGACAUUUGGCUCCAAAAGCCAGCUCCUCCUCCAAUCCAACCCUGUCUACAAGAAAAUCCCAGUUCUCAUCCAUUCCGACAAGUCCGUCUGCGAGUCCCUCGUCAUUGUUCAGUACAUCGAUGAGGUCUGGUCCUCUGGACCCUCUAUUCUCCCUUCCGACUCAUACGAUCGCGCCAUAGCCCGCUUCUGGGCUGCCUACAUCGACGACAAGUGGUUUCCUUCGCUGUCUGGUAUACCAAAAGCGCAGGGAGAGGAUGCCAAGGCAGCGGCAAUAGGCCAAGUGCGCGAGGGGUUGGCGUUGUUGGAGGAGGCAUUCGGAAAGUGUAGCAGAGGCAAGGGGUUCUUUGGUGGGGAGCAUAUUGGAUACCUUGAUAUAGCUUUAGGCUGUUUCUUGGCGUGGCUCAAGGUGGCCGAGAAGACCAAUGGCAUAAAGCUGCUCGACGAAGAAAAGAUGCCUGCGCUUGUGGGAUGGGCAGAGCGGUUUUGUUCGGAUGUUGCCGUGAAGGAUGUGAUGCCCCAGACCGAGAAACUGAUGGAAUUCGCUAAAAUGCUGUUCAAUAAGCCUGUCCUUCCAACUAAAUUAAUCAACGGGUAACAUACUAGCUGAGAUACUAGACCGAAAAACUGGGGCCAUGUUUAGGUUCUGAACUAUUAAUUUCUCGUCCUAGCUAGUCAGUUGCAACCGCGCUUUGCUUUAAUGGUUUCACAUCCUCCUAGCUGUCUCCAUUAAUUAAUGGGCAUCGUUCUUACUUGAAUGGGAAAGUGGUACUCGAUCGGUUGCUGUCUCCUAAUAAAGCUAAACACUUUUGGAUUGGGAUU